GGCAGGUGCGCCCUUCACCACCUUUUGCUUUUCUUCCCAUUUUAACAUUUUGGUUUCUUCUUUCUCUGUUUCAUUCACAAGCAGCCUCAAAGCUCACCCACAGACCAUAGCUACUAGAAAAGGUUCGAGAAAGUUGUGCCCUGAGAAGAGAAAAAUGGAAGAACAAGGUGGGAAUGACAACCUUCUGCAUUUUAUGUCUAUGAACUUUGAUGGAAAAGCCAAUGAAGUCUCUCAUCUACCUGAAGAUGUUCCAGCCCAGCACUUGGCUUUUGCAGAUGGAAAAAGUGGGGAACAGAUUAAUGCUCUGCCUUUACCUCAUGAGUGGAUUCAGUCCCCAAAAUUCUCUCACAAUUAUGUCGAGUAUCUCGCGGAAAGUUCAACAUUUCUCCCAAAGGCUACUACUGAAGAUAUGUUAGAGAGCAUUCCUUCAAAUGUUGGUGGAAUACAUGCUGUUGUUGGUGGGAUCUCUGAAAUUCAAAGUGAUAUAUCAUACAACAACAGCUUGGGGAAGGCUCCUGCUUCGAAACCUGCCGGUUCUUUCUAUGGCAUGGAUGCUUCUAAGUUUAGGUUUCUUGGGCCACAUGAUGGAGAGCCUGUGAACAAAUCCACUAUUCCACAAUAUCAUAUCCAUCCUGAGAGUUCUCACAAGAAUCAUAAUUCAUGGACACAAGAUUUGAUUGGAGCAAAUUCUAAUUUUUCUCAACUUGAUCCUGGAGUAACAAUUGCUGAACCUGGCUUCCUGCCCAGAGCACGUCCGAGGGCAUCAAGAAAGAGAUCUCUGGCAACUGAUCGUGAUCGCAGGGUUCGAAUUGGGGAGAGGGUCAAUGCAUUGAGGGAACUGCUUCCACAAUCUGGAGAGGGUGAUCAACAUUCUGUGCUGGAUGAUAUCAUUGACUAUAUCAAGUACUUGCAGCUUCAGAUAAAGGAGUUGAGUCAAAGCAGAUUGGGAGGUGAAUCAAGUGCUGCACCUUUCAUUUUCCUUGAGGGAUAUGGCCACUUCAUUAGCCAGCAAAUGCAAAAUGAACCUCUUGAAGAGAUGAUGGCAAAAUUGCUGGAGGAAAACCCAGUGGCAGCAGCCAAGCUUUUGCAGAUUCUGCUCUGGAUAAUACGCUUAAACAAAAACUCUUCUUUUGCUCUCAGCGUUCUUGUCAUUCUUCUGCAGAACAAGACUCAAAAAAGUGACAGAAAUUUAACAGUAGUAGUUGAGUAAUUCCCAAUUGAUGCCCUGUGGUUUUCAAAAGAUAAAGG